GCGAACGCACGUUCAAAAAAUCUCAAUCUCUACGACUCCUUUGUAAAAGUAGUCGUCGAGUUUACGAUUCGUUUAAAAGUUUUUUGUCAAAGAAAAAAUCGAAAAAGCCAUGUCUCUGGUACCUCUGAUGUUCUCCGAUUGGUGGCAAGAUCUCGAUCAGCCUCAUCGCAUCCUCGACCAGGAGUUCGGCCAUGGACUGCACCCGGAGCAACUCGUGUGCCCAAACUUCCCGUCCCUGGGAAGUUACCUAGUGCCUCCUCAUCAUCAGCCAAAACAACGCGUACCCUACUUGAGACCCUGGGGCGAGAUCAUGCGUAAACACGAGGGCGGCGGUACCUCCACGGUCAAAAACGACAAGGACCGCUUCCAGGUCGUUCUCGACGUGAAACAGUUCAAACCCGAGGAGAUCAACGUGAAAAUCGUCGACAAGUUCGUCGUCGUUGAAGGCAAACACGACGAAACGCAAGACGAGCACGGCUGGAUUUCUCGCCAGUUCACACGCAAAUACUUGAUACCGGAACAGUGCGAUGUGGAUCAAGUCAGCUCGAGUCUCUCGUCCGACGGUGUGCUCAGCAUCACUGCCCCACGCAAAGACCAACACAAGAACAAAGAUGAAAAACCAGUCAAAAUUCAGCUCACUGGUAAACCAGCUAUUAAUGAUGUGCCAAAAAAGAUGACAGCAGAUCAGAUACACGAGGAGACUCCUGCAAAGAAGAAGUAGUGCCCAAUGCGCAUAUUCUGAUACUAAGAUUAAGUACAUUCAU